AUGACGUUGGCCUUCGCCUUCGCCUCAAGCAUCUCGCUCAGCAGCGCCAGCGCCCGCUGCCACUGCUCACCCUUCCCGCACGCGCUGAUCCCAGCGUUGCAACUAUGACGUCGGGCACUACGUUUGCGUUCCACAUCUCGCUCAGCAGCGCCAGCGCCCGACGACAAUGCUCACCCUUCUCGCACGUGCUAAUCCCAGCGCUGUAGCUGAUGACGCUGGGCUCCACCUUCGCCUCCCGCAUCUUGCUCAGCACAAAGCCAGCGCCUGCUGCCACUGCUCACCCUGAUCGCACGCGCUGAUCGCAGCACUGUAACUGAUGAUGUCCGCUGCCAGCUUCAUCUCACACAUCCCGCUCAACAGCGCCAGCGCCCGCUGCCACUGCUCGCCCUUCUCGCACGCGCUGAUUCCAGCGCUGUAGCUAUGGCGUCGGGCUUCACCUUCGCUUCAUACAUCUCGCUGAGCAGCGCCAAAGCAUGCUGCCAUUGCUUACCCUUCUCGCACGCGCUGAUGGCAACGCUGUAGCUCUGAUGGCGCUGGGCUCCAGCUGUACCGCCCGCAUCUCGCUCAGCAGCGCCAGCGCCCGCUGCCAGUGCUCGCCCUUGUGGCACGCGCUGACUCCAGCGUUGUAGCUGAUGACGUUCGGGACCAGCUUCGCGACCCACAUCUCGUCCAGCAGUGCCAGAGCCCGCUGCCACUGCUCGCCCUUUCCGCAAGCGCUGAUCCCAGCAUUGCAGCUCGAUGGCGUUGGGCUCAAGCUUCGCCUCCCACGUCUCACUCAGCAGCCUCACAGCCCGCUGCCACUGCUCGCCCUUCUCGCACGCGCUGAUCCCAGCGCUGUAGCUCUGGUGAUGUCGGGCUCAAGCUUCGCCCCCCGCAUCUCGCUCAGCAGCGCAAGCGCCCGCUGCCACUGCCUGCCCUUCUCGCACGCGCUGAUCUCGACGUUGUAGCCGACAUGACGUUGGGCUCCACCUUCGCCUCCCACAUCUCACCGAGCACGGCCAGUGCGUGCUGCCACUGCCCGCCUCUUCUGCAAGCGCUGGCAAUUGCAGUGUAGUGGCUUGGGAUGAGAUGCAAGCGUGAGUGAAUUCCAUCGCGGAGCAACUGCAGUGCUGUCUCCCAUUGUUUUGUCCGAACGCACUUCUUGACCGAUGCUUCGAAGGAAUCAGCGCCUUCUCGAGAUCCUCGACGGAUGUAUAGCAUCCAAAAAGAUGCUACAAAAAAACAUGGCACCAACGCUGAUGGAGUCCAACCUGGUUUUAAACCGGAGCGCUUGAGUCCAACGCUUUGAGCCAAAAUGGCACCU